AUUGCUCUUGAUAGGGCGUAUUGCUUCCCUUGUUUUCUAUUUGACACUGAAGAUUCUCACCAUCCAGCAUUCACCAUUGAUGGGUUUAAGGCUUGGAAGAAGGUUUCUGGUAGUGAUAAUGUGUUGAUGAAGCAUGUAGGAGGCCUUAAUUCUCCCCAUCACGCUGCAAUGCAAAAAUGGGAUUUAAUAAGAAAUCCUACCAAACAAAUUGAAACGGUUUUUCAGUCAAAAUAUGUGAAAGAUAUAGAGGACAAUCGAUUGAGGCUUAAGGCUUCAAUAGAAAGUGUAAGAUUGCUAGCUAAUCAAGGAGCUGCUUUUAGAGGCCAUGAUGAAACUGAAGACUCAUUGAAUGUGGGAUAUUUUAGAGAGGUCAUAAAAUCCUUUUCAAGAAUGAGUGUAGAGGUUGAGAGAGUUGUUUUGGGAAAUGCUCCCGGAAAUGCCAAGUACAUUAGUCCAUCAAUUCAAAAGCAACUUCUAAAUAUUCUUGGUAAUAAAGUGAGGAACAAGAUACGUGAAGAAGUUGGAGAUUCCAAAUAUUGUAUUCUUGUUGAUGAAGAAGUAGAUACAUCUAGUAAGGAACAAAUGGCCAUUAUUUUGAGGUUUGUUGAUUGUCAAGGUAUUAUUCGAGAACAAUUUUUUAAGAUUGUGAGUGUUCCUAACACUACCUCACAAACUCUUAAAGAUGAGAUUUCUAAAGUACUUACUAUGUACAAUCUUCAAGUGAGAAAUAUGCGUGGUCAAGGAUAUGAUGGUGCUAGCAAUAUGAGAGCUAAAGGGGUGCAUGACAUUUGGCAAUUUUUUUCAACUUUAAGUUUAAUUGUGAAUUUUGUUGAUUCUUCUGCUAAGCGUCAUUCUGCAUUAAAAGCUGUGAGAAAGGAAGAAAUCGCAGAUUUGGUAGCUUGUGGCCAACUUCAAACAAGUACUGGUGCUAAUCAAGUUUGUACUUUGCAACGAGCUGCUGCUACACGUUGGAGUUCACAUUUUCAUUCAAUUAAGAGUUUGAUUGAAUUGUUUAGUUCAACAAAAAAAACUCUUGAUGAUAUGAUUGAGCAAGCACCCUUGGAAUUUCAAGGACAAGCUUUGUCUAUUCUUAAAGCUAUGAGGUCUUUUGAUUUUGUGUUCUGCUUGCUUCUAAUGCACAAAUUGAUGAAAAUUACUGAAGUUCUUUGUCAAACAUUGCAGCGAAAAUCUCUUGACUUCGUACAUGCUAUGAAGUUUGUUGGACAUACAAAAUCAUUUCUUCAAGAGAUGAGAGAAGAAGGCUGGGAUGACUUGGUAAGAAAUGUAGAAUCUUUUUGUGAAAAGCAUGAUAUUGAUAUGCCUAAUAUGAAUGCUCGUUAUAAGGAUGGUACAGGUCGUGGUUGCCAACAAAGAGGUUUCAUUACAGUUGAGCAUCAUUACCAUAUAGAUGUCUUCAAUGCUUUAGUUGAUUUUCAGUUGAGUGAGUUGAAUAGAAGAUUCUCAGACCAAACAUCUGAACUUCUUAUACUUAGUUCAACCUUGGAUCUUUGUGAUAACUUUAGGAAUUUUAAAACUGAAGAUGCAUGCAAUCUUGCAAAGAAGUUUUAUCCUGAAGAUUUUGUUGAUAGUGAAAUAAUGUUGGUUCAAACAAGGAAGUCAGAAUUUUUCCCUAUGCUUUAUAGAUUGAUUUGUCUAGUUUUGACUAUUCCUGUUUCUACGGCGACCACUGAAAGAGCAUUUUCAGCUAUGAACAUCAUUAAGAAUAAACUUAGAAACAAGAUGGAAGAUGAGUUUCUUGAUGAUUGUAUGGUCCUUCACAUUGAGAAGGAAUAUGUUGAAUCUAUUGACAAUGAAUCGGUGAUCAAGGACUUUGAAGCUUGUGGAACUCGUAGAGUUAGAUUUAGUUAG